AGAUAGAUAAGAUUCUACACCUAUUAUUAAUUCUUAUGUACAAUAUUCUAUUAUAAUAGGUAUCAAUUAAUACUAAUAUUGGAAAAUUCAUAUAAUACAAAGUGCUUUUAGUGAUGAACAAGUAUUUGCCAUCAACUAAUUACGCAUUUCAAAAUCUGCAACAUGAUGACAUCAAUCAUAACAGAUUAUUAAAAAUCUAAUUAUCACAAACCAAACCAUAAAAGCUCAAAAAUGAUAUUUCCACUGAUUCAAAAGACUGGAGAUGUUAGGAAUUCAAUUCUUUUCGUUCGUCUUCUGGAGUUGUUUGAUUCUACAAGCCACUUGUUGGAAAAUGCGAUAUGAUGCCGAUGGCGAUUUGAAUUUGGUAAUUAGGUGUUUUGGUUUUGAAGAAUGACUUAGUGGAAAAACUGGGUUAUGGAGGAAUAGAAUCCUUCUACGUCACCUCUCCAGACGGUUACAUCAUAAAUAUCAUACACGUGAAACAACAAAACUCUGAAAAUUUGAUGCCGGUUCUCUUUAUACAUGGCCUGACAGCAUGCGCUGGCAGUUUUUUUGGGAAGAAGAACGAAUCAACACCGAUUAUUGUAGCAAACCAUGGUUACGAUGUGUGGCUCAUGAACAACAGAGGAACCAUAGAAUCCAGCAAUCACACUAGACUGAAUCAGACAGACAAAGAAUUUUGGUACUUCAGUUGGCAGGAAAUUGGCCUGUAUGAUCUUCCCCUAGCCAUCGAUGAAGUUCUGAAGCACAACGUGCAUGACAAGUUGAUCCUCAUAGGUCAUUCGGAAGGUUCUACAGUAAUUUUCGUUACUUUAUCAGAACUACCCCAAUACAAUGAUAAAGUAAGCUUAUCGAUCCACAUGGGGACCUCGGUUUACCACAAGGGAUGCUCAACCAUCAAACUUUUAGCAGUACUGUGCGAACUAUUGGAGCCUGUAAUGGCGGAACUAGGGGAAUCCUUGGAAAUCUUUAGUUUCAGAGCUUUAUCUCAAAUUAGAGAAUUUCUGUUUGUUUUCUGCAGAUAUAUCAUAUUCAAGCCAGCCUGCGUAGAGAUUGCUAAAAAUACCCUGCAGAGUGAAUAUUCGCAGAUUAAAUAUGUCGAUGACUGGUCAUUCUUCGUCAGAAACACGUUGUGUGGAGGAAGUUUGAGAGAAGGACAGCAUUAUAUGCAAGUUGGACUGACAGGUCGAUUCGCCAGAUACAGUUUCGGACCAGAGAAAAAUUUGCAAGUGUACAAUUCGACUGAGCCACCCCUUUUUCAUCUAGAGAAUGUGAGAUCUCCAGUAGUUCUAUGGUGCGGUAAAAAUGACGUUUUCUGCACUCCUGAAGAUAUAACGAAAUUGGUGACGCAGUUAAAAAAUGUGGAAACGACAUAUUUCAAAGGCUACACUCACUUCAGUCACAUUGAUUACCUUGUGGCCAAAGAUAUGGACAAAUAUGUAUACAGACAAUUGCUCAAUUUGAUGAAGAAAUAUUCGUUUCAAAAUUUUCGUAGCGGUUCUGUAUAAUUUUCACGAUCCAGUAUUUUGAAGAAAACAUCAAGAUACACACUGUAUAGCUGAGCUGAAAACUCUCUUGAAGUGAAAAAAUUCUCAUGAAAUUCAUAUCAGCUCUUCACGACAUCUGUUAAUGCUACUGCUCCAUCUGACUAUAAUCGCUUACUUUUAGUAUUAUAUUGUUAUAUGUAUAAGAAAUAUAAAUGUUAUACAAAAAGUA